AUGCUGACGUUCUUCGCCCAGGUCUUGCUCGUGGUAUCGUGCGCACUCGCGGCGCCCGUUGAGAACGCUGGGAGCGCAACAACCGUAGGCAAGAUUCGCGGUGUGCGCGACCCAAUCUAUCAUCUAUACCUCCAAGUCAACCCUAAUAAUGCAUCAAUCCCCGUCUUAGGCCCCGAAAGUGCAGCUGACGAAUUUACUAUUGGUGGCACUAUUCAAUCGAAGAAGACAAGUUUAUACUUGAACAUCGCGACCGCAUCCACGAGCUACAAGCCAUUGGUCUGGGGGACAGCUGGGCAGACGACAGCAUGGGGAUUAGAGGGUGAUACUAUCAUCACUGUGCAGAGUAGCAGCUAUGGACGACAGUUGAACUUCCUCGCAUACUGGGAGCGAUACGCCGAGUGGGAGGACAUGCAGCAAUUAUCAGACGAUACAUCUACCGUGUCUGUGUUGACGGUCGUUAUUGGUAGGACGCUUUUCGUGUAG